UUUCAUUUAUUUCCGAUUCCGAACAUCGUUGAAAUGAUCAAUGGAAGUGUAUCGCAAAAGAAUUGACAAGUUCCAAGCUAUCUGUUUUGGAGAAAAAGACAUUGACUUCGAGCAGUUUCGUUUCCUUUGCUUCCACGGUAUUUCUGACGAAAAAGGAGUGCGUUCGCUUUGUUGGAAAGUCUUGUUAAAUUAUUUGCCUACAGAGAAAAGUAAAUGGUCUGCAUUCCUUCAAAAACAAAGAAACAACUAUGAACAAUAUGUGAACGAAUUUAUUGUUGAACCAUUUAAAGGAAAAGACAUUAGCAAGGCAGAUGACGUCAUUGAUCACCCACUAAAUCCAAAUCCCUCAAGUUACUGGAGUGUAUAUUUUAAAGAAAAUGAAAUUUUAUUUCAAAUAGACAAAGAUUGCAGGAGACUCCUUCCAGAUAUAUCUUUUUUUCAAAUUCCUACUGAAUAUCCAAAGAAAGAGUUGAUAGGCGAUGACAAAGAUUUUCCAACAUUACGUAAAAGAGUCCAGACGACCUAUUUAGAAGCAAACCAUGUCAAAACGAACCGAAUGGGAAUAAAAAUCGUGGCAAAACGUCGUCAAAAUGAUGAAUAUGCAAUUCUUCUGGAUGAAGAUCAAGAAGCACAUUGGGAAGUCGUUGAAAGAAUUUUGUUCAUUUACGCAAAACUCAACCCAGGAACGUCUUAUGUUCAGGGAAUGAACGAAAUAAUUGGACCUUUAUACUAUAUCUUCGCGUCUGACCCCGACGACAAAUGGCGAGAAUUUGCAGAGCCAGACUCCUUCUACUGUUUCAUGCAUCUGAUGUCUGAAAUUCGAGAUUUCUUCAUCAAAACAUUGGAUGAAUCAGCUGUGGGAAUAGGAAGCAGUAUGAGAGAGUUAAUGAACGUUUUACGGGAUCGUGAUUUCGACCUAUGGAAAUCAUUGGACGACCAAGAAUUAGAACCACAAUUUUACAGUUUUCGUUGGAUCACAGUGCUUUUAAGCCAAGAGUUUCCCCUUCCAGAUGUGAUUCGACUGUGGGAUUCGUUAUUUGCCGAUCCGCAGAGAUUUCAGUUUUUGAUGUACGUCUGUUGCGCAAUGUUAAUGGUCAUCAGAGAUCAAUUGUUGGAAGGGGAUUUUGCAAAAAGCAUGAGACUUGUUCAGAACUAUCCUCUCACAGACAUCCACGUUGUGUUGAACAAGGCAAAGGAAUUACACGAUCCGUUCAAAAUGCUCCCUUAGCGGCAAAGCUCACGAAAAUGAUCAUCCAAGGCCAGGGAAUUAAUUUUAUAUUUGUAUUUGAGAAGUACAUUCUUCACUGCUUUAAAAGACACCGAAAAAACAAUAAUGGCGAACAAGAUAUCAAGUUGAGAUGUCGAUCAACCAUGCAUACACUGUACAAUGUCGUUUUUAAACCUUACCAUGCUUUUCCUGUAUUAUCUUAGUAAACAUCCUUGGUUUCUGAUGAUAAAAAUGGAACUGACUUAGAGACAAAAAAUAGUCUAAAGUCGAGAUACACAUCUCGAUAUUUAAACAACGAGAUUUCGUUCGAUUCUGGUGGUCAGAAAAUAAGCAUAUUUGCUAAAAUUCGGUACAAUGAAAAGUAAAGUGGAAAAUGCUCUUUAAAUGUA